GCAAAUCCCACUCUGACACAAAGCAAACUGACACAAGUGUUUGAGUAGCAAAAUGUAGCUUAAUGCAGUUCCCACACACGGCAAGAGACACACUUUCGACAGACUAUCGACAACAUGACGGACGACAAACGCCUCGCCUUCGCCUGUGCUCUGCUGCUUUACGUCGCAGAUGCGGCGGCCUUGAACUGCUCCAGCCCGACCCCAGAAGCCCUGGUCGACGCCCUUCAGAGGACUUUGUUUACUAAAAAGCUGAUACGCCCAGUAGAACGCUUCAGCGACGCUGUUAACGUGACUGUUGGCAUCACGGUGGUGGGGAUUUUAGGAGUGGAUGAGAAAGAGCAAACGCUGAAGACUUUCUUAUGGCAGUUGCUGGAGUGGAAUAUAGCUGGGUUAAGCUGGGACUCAACUCAGUGUGGAACAGAAAGGAUCUCUGUUCCCCGAGAAAAACUCUGGAUUCCAGACGUUCAAAUCGCGGAAUUCAUGGAAGAGGACAAGUCCAAAAAGACACCAUAUGUGUAUUUAAACCACACUGGGGAUGUGUACGAUGAUAAACCGCUGACAGUGGUCAGCACCUGUCGCUUAAAUAUAUACACCUUCCCGUUCGAUAUCCAGAACUGCACCCUGACCUUUGAACCGUACCUGCACUUCGCCACCGAUAUCAGAAUGGUUCAAGGUGCCUCGGCGGAACACAUCGUGGCAGAGUCCAAUGACGUGAUCGAGACUCACGGGGAGUGGCAGCUGUUGACCGUCCAAGUGGUUCCAUCCACUCUGGUGUUGGACGAUGGAAUGUACUCUUCUGUCAAAUACCAUCUCAUCAUAAAGAGGAGCCCGUUGCUCUACGUGGUGAACUUGUUGAUUCCCAGCUGCUUCCUCAGCUCGCUGGACCUCUUCAGCUUCUUGCUGCCUCCUCAAAGUGUGGACCGAGGCGCCUUCAAGAUGACCCUGAUUCUGGGUUACACCGUCUUCCUCCUCCUCAUGAACGACCUGCUGCCAGAAACUGGCGAGUCCACACCCCUAAUAAAUGUUUUGUUCUCCGUCUCUUUGGCCUUGAUGGUGGCCAGCCUGCUGGAGACUGUGUUCAUCACUAACAUCCAGUUCAGCUCCAGCCAGUACAGCGAGGUGCCUGAGUGGCUCAGCACUCUGGUGCUGCGAUACAUGGCCGUCCUGGUUUGUAUUCCCCCCAAAAAGAACAUCAACCGCUACACCGUGUCCAUUCAUGCGCCGUCUCAAGGGAUCAACAACAACCUGACGACUGCCAAGGUUCUUUCCACCGUCAGUGGGGAGAUGCUGAACGUGACGCCCACGCAGGACGUGUCGCUGCAUGAGCUGAAGAAGAUCAGCACGAACCUGAUGGCCAUCCGCCUCCAGAUGGACCAGCACUUCCAGGGCACCAAAACCUCCAAGGAGUGGCACAUGAUCGGGAUCAUCAUUGACCGGCUGCUUUUCGGCAUUUACAUCGCCUUCAUGACGGUCACUGCUAUUACCAUCCUGGCCAUCUGGAUUUCAAGCGCAACUUACUCUCCCUGACUGGAAAAACGCCGGCCGUGAUGCUAACAGAAGUAGCUGGGUGAACUGUAAAUACUGUAUGAGAUGAAUCGUUGAGUUGACAUUAGUUACAAAUCAUUUCGAUAAUUACAAUGCACACAUUGUUAUAAGUGAAUUAUUAUGUUUUUAGUGAAAAAACUGUUGUGGGCUACUAAUGUUCAUUUGUAAAAUGAUGUUCAAAACACCAUUAAAUG